UUUCUUGUUGACUGUUUUCUUGUUGACUGUUUGGGUUUUGACUGUUUCUUGUUGACUGUUUUCUUGUUGACUGUUUGGGUUUUGACUGUUUCUUGUUGACUGUUUUCUCGUUGACUGUUUUCUCGCUGACUGUUUUGGUGUUGACUGUUUAUUGUUGACUGUUUUCUUGUUGACUGUUUUGGUCAACCAAUCAGGUUAGAGGAGGUGGAGAACGGCUUUGUUUACAGUCAGAAAGAGCGGACCGCUCAAAAAUGUUCAAAUGUUGACGACACAGACAUAAGAGAACACAGAGAUACCCCUGACUACCCCACCUUUACUAAUAAACAUAAUGAAUAUUUUAAACAUAAUAAUAAUAAAUCAGUUAAAUCAUUUCUGUUCAAAGGCAGACUGGACUUGUUUUUAAAGUUGAUAACUUCAUGUGGUCUCAUCUGUCAGGGAUUGUAAACCACAGUUUGUACCCAGGACUGAGUCAUUGUAUUGAUCAUGUGUGUAUUUGUGUGUGUUUGUGUUGUUGUUGUAUGGACAUAUAGGAAACCCCGACACACUGACCCUUUAUCACAGGAGCUGGACUUCCUGUUUGGACCUGAAAGUCCAGCCCCCUUUGGAAAGACUCUCUUAUUGAAACAGUGUCGAACAUUAACUUGUUUGUUCUUCCUCCGUUUCUGUCCCGUUCAGGGUCUCCUGUCCCAGAAUGGAACAGUAAUUUCCCGACACACAACCUGACUCAUCAGAGAAAAUGUUUCAUAACGCUGGUUUUGUAAUUCUAGUGAAUUUCCUGUUCCCCUGUUGUCCUGUUCCUUGUGUUUCCUGUUUUAUUUUGUAGGAGUUGACUCCUUGUGUCUCGUCUGUCUCACCUGUGUCUCGUUUACCUGUCUGUAUAUUUAGUUCCUGUCUUCCCCUCUGUCCUGGUUUGUCGGUCAGUGUGCGUCACUCUUAGUUGUGUGAAUCUCUCGUCUCCUCGUGUUUUUUUUCCCCCAGUGUUUUUUGUUUGAUUUUUGCCUUUGGGAUGUUUCAGCUGAACAUUUUAAAGUAAGUUUUUGUUGUUUAAAGUUCUUUUUAUUAAAUCUUUUUAUGUUAAGUCUGCAUUUUUGAACCCAUGACAAGUCUAAAGGUCUUGAUUUGGGUGGUCACCAUAUUGGAAGUACUGAACCCGACAGACACAAAAUAAAACACUCCGUGUUUCAGGAGGAUCGUAUUUCACACCAUGCAAAUGGGCGGAGACGAACAAGUGAAAGGUUUUUAGACGUCAUUUCACCCCGAUGACACCAUGGAUGAGGAGAUGCUGAUUCUAGAAGUCUAGAAGUAGAUUUCCUCCGCUGGAAGGAAACAAUCUACUGCUUAUAUGUCUAUGUGUCUGUCUUUAUCGAGACAACUCGUUAUCGUGUGACGGGUUCUUGUGAGUUCUUGCGAUUCCCGCUGUCUGUAAUCCCCCACGAAAUUUGCCUCACAAACAGAUCUGGUAGGAAUUGGCAUACGGCAAAGGUCACUGCCGUUCCGGAUUGGUGCCGUUCCGGAUGCCGAGUAGAGUUGAGUAGAUUUUCAUAAUAUCCUCCAAAAAAAGACAAACAUCUUAUUAUAGUCUCACAGGCAUUCAUGUAAAACCUCAUUUCAGUGCCGUUCAGUCUCUGUCCAAGAUGCUUCGUUCUUGCUGCACUUCCUCUGACGGGAAGUGAGCUUGGGGUGUUACUUUUUACUGCUUUGCGUUCAUGAAAUGAUCUGAAUGUCUGUACAGGGAUUAUACGUCCAUCUGUGUGUCUUUGAUGGUUAAACUUUGUCGUGGUUUAUUAUAGACGUCCAACAGAGUGAAGGACUCAGGCACCCUACUGACGGUGGUCUCCAGUAAACAGACGGUCUCAGAUCAGACUGACAUUAUCUCACACCUUUAAACCUUAAAGUAAAUUUUCUCUCAAACUCAGCUGACCCGCUUUUUUUUUUACCAGGUCAGCUGAUUACUGGAAUCCACGUUUUGGUGUACAAACAAACACAGCCCCUCCCCCGACCUCCAUGUUACAGUUCAGGAUGAGUCAGCUGACUGUGCGUGUCCAUGUUGACCAAACAGGUUAAUGAUUGAUUGAUUGAUUGAUGGCAUCAUCAGUGGACAGACGCUUGUAUCAGACCGUCAGUCACAUCCUUCCCUCUCAGAGAAUCACGUCCUCCUGUCCUGAACUGUUUUCACUUUGAGGCUGAGGAACCUUUAUUUCUUCUUCAGCAGCAUUUUGUGACGUUUAUCAGGAUGAGAUCAGCCCCAGUUCCUCUUCUCUUGUUGUUUCUUCUGGUCGUUUCCUCUGAAACGGUGAGUGAACUUUACCUUUUUAUUCCUAUAACGACAAUUGUGUCCCAGAUCAAGGGAAGGAUCCCCAUAAGGCUUGGUCCCUCAGAGGAUCCAGCGGUCUACGCUAGUCUUAUCUACGAGGGAUUCCCAGCUGUUCCCACUCUUGAACAUGCAUCCACCUCCCUCUGUUGCUUAGAAACAGGAAGCUAACUAGGAAUCCUGCUAGCAUGUGUGGUAUUAAGAUACCCAUGUUCAGGAUAUCUUAGUGUCCACUUCUUUGCCUUCAAAGUCCUUUUCUGUAAAGGUAAACAGUCUGCUUUUCUGGACCACUGACACAGAGAGCUCCAUUAUCAGUACCUUCGUUUAUUCAAUGUGGGACUUGACAAACAAGGACCGAGUAUGCUCAUGAAACCAACAUGGUACCCCAAGAUUUUGGCCGAGUGACCAAAACUCACAGAAACGGCUGAGGAAGUCCAUAAUGGCCGGAAUAAGAGUCUCUUGACAAACUUAAAGUCGGGGUAGUCAGGAUCUGAGUUAGUUCUAGUUUUUAGGAGAAAUCUUGAAAGUAAACUCUACCCCUCCAACCAGUUUUCCCCUCAAGCCCCGCCCACAAACAGACGCUCCUGCUCGCUCCUAUCGUUCCAAUUAAAUUCCGGUAUAAUGCAGAUAAAUACUUCAGAUCAUUACAAAUGGGGCCCAGUCAAGGUGAAAGUCAAAAGCAUUGGUGCUACUGUAGAUGCCAACAGACUACCAGCAAACACAAUGUUUGCAGGACUUCUACAACUAGGAUAAAGUCAUUUGAGCAGGACACGUAUCUGAUGAAAAUGCUCUGUGACAGUUUCAGCAGAGGUCAAGAGAAGAUUUUCAGCGUGAUACGUCAGAGGAUGAGAUCGUCCAGCAGACUCCACAGAUACUACAGUUACCGACCUGGCCCCCCCCACCUUCAGUAAUCACUCCUGCCCCAACCACAGCUGGAGUACAGGAGGAGGAAGAGGACGAGUACCUGGGUCCAGCUGAGUGUGUGAAGAAGAAGUAAGUGGGUUUUUUUUGUGGCUGGGACAAACUUUUAACCUCUCCUUUAAAAGCUGUAUUUAUUCUGUUUCUUCUUAGACGAACUUUAACCUCCUGAGCACAGAGUUAAAUUCAGCGACCACAUACUGUGAACUUUAACCCCAGUUUGUUCUUAAGUCUCUUUUUUAUUUAACUUCUCACAGAUAUACUCGAGCAUCAUGUGGCCUGGUGUUUUGUCCUCCGUGGGAACGCUGCGUCGAUGGACAUUGCGCCUGUAAAGCGCCCUACCUGUGUCCUACGGAGAAUGUGACGCAAGUUUGUGGGCGGGACCACAGAACCUACCGCUCUUACUGCCAGGUAACAGUCGGGUAUCUGCUGCUAAUCAGAAGUUGGAAAUUUCUAGAACGAUCAGCAGCCAAGCAUUGCUAAAGUCCUGAAACUGCAGUUCCUCAAGUGUCCUCAAGAGUCCACUUGUCCUUUUUGCCUGUUUCCAGGUCCAUCAAAAGUUGUUUUGUCUUACUGAGUUGUCAUCCAAGAUCAGGAACUAUUUGUCAGGGUUGAAAACCUGCUGACAAGAAACACUUCUGUUACAGACACUUGUCUUACUUUGUUAAAGCGGUUUACCUGUCCAGCAGAAAGGUUACAGGGUCACCAAGAUCCCCAAGCGUCCCCCAUCGUUUAUGUUGACCCGGCUUUUUAGCUCUUGUCCGGUCUACCUCCGUUUUAAGCACCCAUUAUUCCUCCAGAGUCUCCGGUAUUUACUUUGUUUUCUUGCUUGUGUCGGCAGUCGUGGCCAAAGGAGGAUUCAGACAAUUUUCCGAACUUUCUGGUUGGUUUCUACUGUCCGAUAUUGUAGCAUGCUAAUUUUGUUUGGGCUCGUGAACAUUAUUCGUGGAGCAUGCUACCUGUGGUACCUACCCUACCUGUGUCCUACUGAGAAUGUGACGCAACCACAGAACCUACUGCUCUUACUGCCAGGUAACAGGUAUCUACUGCUCCUCUGAAGUGAGAAGUUUCUGGAGCGAAGCCAUUGCUGAAGUCCUGAAACUGCAGUUCCUCAAGAGUCCACUUGUCCUUUUUGCCAAUUUCCAGGUCCAUCCAAAGUUGUUUUGUCUUAUCCCAGUUAAACCCCAAACCCCGAUGUACCUCACAUUUUCAUGUUUUUUCUUUUCCAGGCUAUGGCGCUAUCAUGCCGAACCAAGAGACUUGCCAUGUCCCACUUUGGAGAAAACUGCGGAGGUUGUCUCUCACAGAUACCUUCAGUUUUAUGUUUUUUUUUUUGUGGUCCUUUUUGACUCGGUCUUAUCGUGAAUGUCUCCUUUAUAUCGCAUUGUCUCACCACAGAGGAAUAUCCAAAGUUUCAAGGUGACGUAGACCAGGACACAGGAGUGGUCCAGGUCUUCAUUCCUGACAGAACAGAGGGAAGUCAUAGUACGGAGGCUUUACUGGUUUGUAAGAAGAUCUGGGACAUGGCAGCUGCGAACGUAGCCUGCAGGGAGAGCGGCUUCCCACUGUGAGGAACGAUUCAUAAAUAUUAACAAAGAGCAUGCAACUUCAGUUUCAGUCCACGCUUCAUGACCGAUGUGUGACUGUCUGUGUUCAUAGAGGUGCAGAGACUGCCGGCUGGGUUUCAUACAAGUCCCUACAAACUGGGAGAGAAGACGAGCAGCUCCCAGACAGGUGUGUGAGCAUCCGCUGCCAAGGCUACGAGAAUUCUCUGGCUGAGUGUCUGAUCUACAACAAGGUGAAGAUCGGCAACAGGAAAGUGGCAACUGUAACCUGUUAUAAGGAUUCAACGGCGCCAGGUCAGUAUGUGUGGUUUCUAUCCCAGUCCUGAAGUUGAUCAGGAGAUAUAACCCAUUUAUCACCAAUCAUGACCCAACCCAAGCAUCUGCUUCACCUUAUUGUGAAGUCUGAGGAGUUUCCAAACAGGACAGGUAACAAGGUACAACCUCUCCGGGGUCAGUACUCCCUCAAACAUCGAUCAGUUCAACUACAAUUUAUUACAGUAUUAGGGGAAAAUCAAGAUCUUUGGACUAUGGGAGACAGGUGUCUGAGGACCAUCCAGGACACUCUCCGUGUGACUAUUAAGAAGUAGUAUGUGGGUUAGGUUGGCUCGUUCCUGGUCCCUGGUUUAUCCAAGGUCAAGGAGAUGAAACCAAAAACACUCAGUUCGAAAUGAUCCACCAUUGCUCAGUCCAUGAUGGACAAUAAAGUCAAAUCCACGUUCUCUGGUUUCUGGAAAGGGUCACUCAGUACGUUUCCAUGACACUCAAGAAAACUGAAUUAUCGCCUUAUUCCGAUUAAGACCGAACAACUGAAGGUCAUGUAAACACCUUAGUCCGACUAUAAUCAGAGUUUGAGAACUCUGAUUAAGACACCCAGAUAAUGCGAUUGGAAUUCAACUUUCUCUACCAUGUAACCAGCGUAGUCGAAGUAUGAUAGGACAAUGCAUGUGCGCGUGCACCACGCCCCCGUAACCCCGGAACAAAAACACCAGAGAAGAAGUGGCGCUAUCAUUUAACGAACUUGCGACUCAGAAGAAACUGCAACAUGGCUGAGGCACAAAGGGCGUCCACUUUUGGAAUGACCAGGAGAGCGCCGGUAUGCUUUCCUUCCUGACAGAAAUGGACGUUUUAAAGUUUAUGGACGGUCACAAAACAAGGAACGGAGACAUCUUUUAAAAAAGGUCCGGAAACAGCACCACUGAAAAGACCCAUAUCGCCCCCUAGUUUUAGGGAGGAGGACACCGUUCACGUCAAUAAUUCAGUUUUCUCAGCGGCAUGUAAACGCAGACAAGGAGAGAAGUCCGAUUCAGUGAAAAAAAGGAAUAAUGAGCUUAGUCCGAUUAAACUGUGACAGUAAACAUACUGAGUGUUGUCAAAUGUGUUUCAGAGAAGGACUGUGGCUUCGAGUGCGCCAACACCAAGUGUGUGUCUCUGAACCAGACCUGUGACGGGGUGGACGACUGUGGCGACCGCAGUGACGAGAUGUGCUGCAAAAGUAAACCAGAUACCUGCUCGUGAUUCGAUCUUGUAACCUGGUACUUCAGGUUUUCACAGUGCUGGUGUCUCUGUGUUUGUGUGUCAGAGUGCAGGAACAACAGUUUCCGCUGUAAGUCGGGAGUGUGUGUGCACAAAGAGGCGGUCCACGAUGGAAAGAUGGACUGUCUGGAUGGCGAGGAUGAAUCCCCGAUGACCAUCACGAACAGUGAGAAACACAAACAUUUCAGCCUCUGCCUGAAACGCUCUGCUUCUCCACUGAUGGACAGUUAGGCUCAGCUUAGUGGGUGUUACUUUUUACACAGCUGUGCAGCAAACAAACAACAGGAACGUUACCUUCUAAGGCUAACUAUUACCCGGAGAUUCCAAUGGAUCCAGAACGGCUCCGCUCCACUCCGGACCGGCAGGCGGAUCAAAUCAUAUAGUGCCGACCGGAUCCAAGCCACCGCCACCAUCGCAGGAGAAGCGCUUGCGAUAUUACCUAUAUUUAACAUAUCUGGCAAAAAAAGGAAGCCUUGCGUAUCUGAUCUGGCCACUGAAGCGGAUCUGCAGCAGAGCCGGAUGGCAGGCAUUUGUUUAAAAACCUUUCACGUGCAGAGACGAACAAGUGAAAGUUUUUUAGACGUCAUUUCACCCCGAUGACACCAUGGAUGAGGAGAAGCUGAUUCUAGAAGUCUAGAAGUAGAUUUCCUCCUCUGGAAGAACACAAUCUACUGCUUAUAUGUCUAUGUGUCUGUCUUUAUAGAGACAACUCAUUAUCGCGCAAUUGCACGUGAAUCCGCGGGUUCUUGUGAGUUCUAGCGAUUCCUGCUGUCAGUAAUCCACCACGAAAUUGGCCUCACAAAUGGAUCCGGUAGGAAUUGGCGGACGGUGAAAAUCGCUGCCGUUCCGGAUUGGAGCCGUUCCGGAUGUGGUGAAAAUUGGGUGUUAUAAUCUGGACUCUUUAAGCAGAUCAUCAUCAAUAACCUUCCUCUACUCUCAUUGGUUAGCUCAGACAGUUUGAAGCCGUCUGUCUGUCAAACUUUGAUUUAUUUUCACGUAUUUCCUCUCCAGAGACCGAGGCUGACAAACUGCUGAACAACACAGGUAUGUGUGUCACCGAGGGAUAAACAGCCGAGUCUUAAAACCUUUCAGAUUAAAUUGUUGUCCUCUGUGGUGAUAAUGGUAAUGCUGUCUUUUUCUUCUUUAUUUCAGAGUAUGAGUCGCCCAUGAAAGGUAAGACUAGUCACAGUACAUGUUGGUAAAAACCUGGGCCCUACACUGUGAGGCCGCUCAAGAUACAAAAGUAGUCCGGAUAAUUCAAGCUGGUGUAAUAAGACCUCUUUGAUUGGCGUUGACGCACCAGUUUGGCAAUAACCAUUGGGUACAUAUGAAAUCACUAAUGUUACCAUGGAGACUGUGUUCAGAGAAACAAAACCCAUCCAUGCCAGUAAACAACCAGGCUGUCAGGGUUUGUUUGGACCUCAAAUUAUAUGUCCAGUCCAGCUUCAGCCCAGUAAGGCACCACUGGUUUGUGUUUGCCGGGAGAUUAGCAUUCACCCGUGUAGGAGGACAAGUCCUAAAGGCAGGGUUGACUUCUUCUGGAAAACCUGAAAGAGAGAAGACCUUUACAACAGCACAUCCUGAUUUUGGAAGACCAUGUCUGUCGAUCAGAGAUUCCAGAGUAAUUCAGGGUUGUAGAAAAACCACCCAGGUGUAAUUUCCCCGGAACAGCUGACCGCGGAUGAGGGUACAGCCUGUGUGUCCAAGUUCAGGUCAUCAAAUAACCUCGGUAAAUAUCACGAGAGCUGUGUGUGACUUUUGAGGAACUCUGUUUGUCCAGAAAUAACCACCAGCAGGAAGUACUUGGAGUCCAUGGUGUACUGUGGGAUUCCCAACGCGACCACAGUGGAUGACGUGACGAUGGAGGAUCGAGGACGGACCAGCCGAGUCAAGAGAGUGGUGGGAGGAGUCGCAGCCAAUCCGGUCAGUGAACACACCAGUGUGUCUGUCCCACUGUGGGUGUUUUUGAUGGAUGUCCUGAGCGUCACUUCGAAGUGUAACCCGUGUGGACCUUGUGUGUUUGUGUGCAGACCCAGAUCCAGUGGCAGGUUGCUCUGGACGAUUACGAAAAGGCGCAUUGUGGGGGCGCAUAUAUCGGGGGUUGCUGGGUACUCACUGCUGCUCACUGCGUGAGGUAAAGCAGAGAUGAUUCAGGAGUUCAAGUAUGAAGUACUGGAGGUUGUACCAUUACGACUCAAUAAAAGAGCGCCCCCUUUCUUAAGAUGGUUGUUAUAAAGGUCUCCCACACCUCUCUUUACCAGGCAGAACCCACUGGCAUUCAGGGUGAAGUUUUCUCUCUGGAAAAAGUAUGAAGCUCAGGGCACCACUGACAUCGUCCCCGUUCAGGACAUCUACAUCCAUCCACGGUAGAUCUGUAUCUGUGGAGCAUAUAGAUCCUGAAUGUUCGUGUUGAUUGGAUGCUAACAGAAACAAAAUUCACUGCAGGUACAACGCAAACACAUAUGAGAACGACAUCGCUCUGGUGCAGCUGAAGAAACUUCCUUUUGAGGAAAAGUGUUUCGUGGAUAACCCGGCCAUCAGCGCCGUCUGUGUCCCCUGGACCGAACACCUGUUUCAGCCCAACCACGUCUGUAGCAUCUCAGGGUGGGGGCGGACUGCAGGUGUGUGCAUAAACAGACACAACAUGUCAUUUCUAUCCAAUCAAAGUGUAGAUCUUAGUUUCUGAGGACUUGAGUGAUUGGUACAGUGGAAUAUCAUCUGCGUAGUUAGUUAAAAUGAUUGGUCUGAGCACUGAACCCUGUGGAGCUCCAUAACUGACCGGAAUGAUCAUUAAAGGUGGGGUAGUCAGGAUCUGACGAAGUGCCAGUUUUUGGGACAACCAGGAUAAAGUGACAUAGUCCAGGACCCGAGGGAGGACAGUUUAGUGAUGGCGCUACAACACGCUACAGCAGGUCCGUUUGACAAGAAACACUUCUGUUACAGACACUUGUCUUACUUUGUUAAAGCGGUUUACCUGUCCAGCAGAAAGGUUACAGGGUCACCAAGAUCCCCAAGCGUCCCCCAUCGUUUAUGUUGACCCGGCUUUUUAGCUCUUGUCCGGUCUACCUCCGUUUUAAGCGCCCGUUAUUCCUCCAGAGUCUCCGGUAUUUACUUUGUUUUCUUGCUUGUGUCGGCAGUCGUGGCCAAAGGAGGAUUCAGACAAUUUUCCGAACUUUCUGGUUGGUUUCUACUGUCUGAUAUUGUAGCACGCUAACUUUGUUUGGGCUCCUGAACGACACGGGGGAGCAGCGUCUGCCUCACAACCAAUCAGGUUAGAGGAGGUGGAGAACGGCUUUGUUUACAGUCAGAAAGAGCGGACCGCUCAAAAAUGUUCAAAUGUUGACGACACAAGAGAACACAGAGAUAUCGAUAUAUUACCAAAUGUCAUCAAUAACUAAUAACUAUUGACUGAUAUUAAAGGACUUGUUGUAAAUACACCACAAAAACAGACGCUUCUUUAACGGAAUCCUGCCUACCCCACCUUUAAACCAAGAUAAAGUGAUGCUAAUUAACACUGAGACAUUAUGAUGUUGGUCCUUCAUUAUGAUUCUGACCCCGAUAAUUACGUUGCCGACAGAGGGCCGAGCUGCAAAGGUGCUGCUGUGGGCCAACGUCUCGCUCAUUGGUCAGUGUGAACGUUUCUACGGAGACCGCUUCAGACCGGGCAUGAUGUGUGCAGGUGAGUGACCCUCACAGACCCUCAGGCUGGUUUACAGACCCUCUACCCGGAUCCUAAUGUCAGUCCGUGUGUAUUUGCAGGUGACCUGGAGGGCGACGUGGACUCGUGUCAGGGGGACAGCGGGGGUCCUCUGGUCUGUCAGGAUGAACUCGGGGUUUCUUACCUGUGGGGCAUCGUCAGCUGGGGAGAGAGGUGUGGUCAGCCGGGGUUUCCUGGAGUUUAUACUCAGGUGAGAUAACCACAGGUGGAAAGAACUAGAAGAGGUCGGCGAGAUCGCGCUUCCUUAAAAGACCUUAACCAGAUCCUAAUUAUAUUUAUUAGAUUACAAACAUGUUACCUGUUUUUACACCUGAAUGAACCUCUGUUUGACGAUAACACGUCUCUUAAUGAGUUACACUGACACAGAAUAACAUCCCAUCUCCGAUAUCGGCACUUUUUUGACCUUAAUUCUCCGUUUUUCUUGCAGGUGGCUCACUACUUCGACUGGAUCAGACAUAACACCGGCUGGCCUGCAGUCACCAAGUUUAACUCCUGAUCAGAUUUCUAAAAGUUUCAAACAGAUUUUUGUCCCUGAAAGAGUUUUAAAUGUCUGAUAAUCAAUUUUUGUUCCAGUGAAUGAUAAAAGCUCAUUGGUGCAGCUCUACCAUCAGAAUCACAAUGUUUUUGUAGGCUUUUAUUUGUUUGUUUUAAAAAGAAAUAAAUAUUCCUGAAGGACCAGAGAGCAUCUUUGGAAGAACGAGA